CUUAUUCGUAUUAUUAAAAAAUCAAUAAAACACUAAAUCUACUAUUAUCAUAUUUUCUUUUUCUUAAGAUGGAAUCUAUUUUUACGGAGAUAAAUUCCAAAGCCAACAAAGCGAGGACGAAUGUAGAUUAUUUCCAUACAGCUUACAUGAAAGCUACUAACACAGAUUUGGGAGACGAAGCGUUUAAAGCCGUGACUAACCCGAUCCUUUCACAAAUGGAGCAAAUCAUCAACACAUCUAAACAUGUUUCAUAUCACGUGCAAGUUCUACGGAAUGCAAAUUCAGAUCCUAAUUUUCUUCGAGAUCUUGACGAGGUAGACAAUAUGGGGGAUGAUGUCUUCGAGAAAUCAAAAACUGCGUUAGAUAUAAUGCGAAAAGCGAUUGUGGAUGCAAAGGAAAGGAAGAAAGCAAGAGAUGAAGCAAUAAAGGAAGAAGAAGAAGCGCAAAAACGAGCAAAAGACGAAGAAUUAAAGAAGAAAGCAAAGAACGAAGCAGGAGAGAGCAGUCCACACUACCAACGUAAUUAAAAGUAAACAAAAAAAAGGUUAAUAAGCAUAAUAUAUGUAUUUAUUGUUUUGACCAAAAAAAAAA